CUCAAAUACUUUACAGGACUGUAAAUACAUUAUACUAUAUAGUAAUGUAAAAAGGGACGCAGGUGUACAGUAACUGCUACCUACCUACCUAUUGUAUGCUAAAGUGGUUUUUUGAGAGGGAGUAUUGGACACAGACAACCUGUGGACCAGAAGAUCAAGCGAUCAACCACCAAACCGUGUUCUGACGUCGCAGUGAAACGACCGCACUUGUCCAGACAUUUUACAAGUUACGAUUCGUACGUCUUUUGCAUUCAAUUGACCGACACAUUUUUUACUACCUAAAACUACCAAUUGUCGUGAUACCGAUAUAUUAGCUGAAUAUAUUUUAAACAUGGAUGAAAUGAAACAACUAGCAGAAGCAUUAAUGCAGUGUAAAUCAUUCAAAGAGCGACAAGAACGUCUGAGUGAAUCUCUCGAUCAUCUGUCAUUUAACUAUCCUGAUCUAUACAUAAUGUUGUACAGAGAGAUGAAAAAAAGAGAACUACAUUCUAAUGAUCCAAGUAAAAUUACUAAAUGGUUAAAUAAUCCAUCAUCAAAAUCAUUUGUAAAACUUCAUGAAGCAUUGAUGUUGGUAAAAAAUAACAACAUAAUGGCCAAAGAGGAGUAUAUGUACAAUUUAAGACUUAUGCUAAACGAAACAAUUGAAAAUGGUACCAACAUUGAGAUAGCAGUGAAAAUAUGUCAUUUGAUUGAAAAAUCACCAAACUUAACCAUCAUUCACGAGAAUUUGAAACAUCUAAUUCUCCAAGUAAAUCAACUGAACAACAGUCAACGCCACAUGCCAGCAGAAACCUCGACAGGAAACUUUUGGCCAAAUUAUUUUAGACCCCCACAAAUUGAUCCUUUUCAACAAUUUAAUAUUCGGCCUGCUCAACAGCUGAAUACCCCUGUUUGGCCAAACAUUCCGCAACCGACAAAUUUAAUAUCAGCUCCAGGUCAACCACACUUUAGAAGUAAGAAUUAAUCAUUGACCAAGCUGCACACAAC